AUGAGGUCUAUGAGCCUUAUUCUUGGUUUGUUGAUCCUGAUAUACACGAAUUUUGUGGCUGCUAAUGGAGAGCAUACUAAUAAUUGGGCCGUUUUAGUGUGUACUUCGCGAUUUUGGUUCAAUUAUAGGCACAUGGCCAACGUUUUGAGCAUGUACAGGACGGUCAAACGUCUUGGAAUUCCAGAUUCUCAAAUCAUUCUUAUGCUUAGUGAUGACGUUGCAUGCAAUUCGCGAAACCUUUUCCCCGGAAGUGUGUUUAACAACGCUGACAGAGCCUUGGAUUUGUAUGGUGAAAAUGUGGAAGUGGAUUACAAGGGCUACGAAGUAACCGUUGAGAAUUUUAUCAGACUGCUAACAGAUAGAUGGAGUGAGGAUCAGCCUAAAUCCAAAAGAUUACUCACAGACGAAAAUUCCAAUAUUUUCAUAUACCUCACCGGACAUGGUGGAGCCGAUUUCUUAAAGUUCCAAGAUGCAGAGGAGAUCUCCUCGCAUGACAUAGCCGAUGCAUUUGCUCAAAUGUACGAGAAGAAACGGUACAAUGAGAUUUUUUUCAUGAUCGACACUUGUCAGGCUAAUACGAUGUAUUCCAAAUUUUACUCUCCAAACGUUCUUGCGGUCGGUUCAAGCAGACUCGAUGAGAGCUCCUAUUCGCAUCAUUCAGACGUUGAAAUUGGAGUCGCUGUAAUUGACAGGUUCACGUAUUACACGUUGGAAUUCAUGGAAUCCAUCGAGAAAAACUCGACUUUGACUUUACAGGACCUUUUCGACUAUUAUUCCUUUGAAAAGGUUCACUCUCAUGUUGGAGUCCGGACAGAUUUGUAUGGCAAAGACCCUUCACAGGUUUUGGUGACAGAUUUCUUUGGCAGUGUUCAGAAUGUUGUACCAGACGAACGUGAUCGCGACUUGGAUUUAAAGGCGGCAUUCCUAAAUAAUUCCAGUGAAAAUGAUGAAGACUACGACCAUAUUCUGAAUUUGGCCAUAAGGAAGAGUAAAUUGGUCCGACAGGACCCUUAA